GCCUCCCCUUCAGCCUGCAGUCCGCCUGCCCGGAGCCCCCCCCAGCUCCUCUGCCUUCUCCCCCCGUCACAAACACACUCUCUACUCCAACACGAGCGCACUCGCAGUUUUGCCGGAAGAUAAAGAAGAAGAAGAAAAGUACAGCUUCAGACUUGCUGCAUCGGAGAAGUUGUUUCUUUUCUUUUCGCCCCCUCCAGGUUUGGCCCCGUAGCGGGGCAGGACAACAAGAGCAGGCCGAGGGGGAGGGAGAACAAAAAGAAAGGCGAACGUAUGAUGUGGAUCUGGUACCUUCUGCUUGGUUCGGGGCCAGGCUCGAGAACUGCUGAGAGCCAGCUGCUCCCUGGGAAUAACUUCACCACCGAGUGUAACAUUCCUGGAAACUUCAUGUGUGGAGAUGGGAAGUGCAUCCCAGGCGGCUGGCAGUGUAACGGAUCUCCUGACUGCUUUGACAAGAGCGAUGAGAAGGACUGUCCUAAAGUCAAGUCAAAGUGUGCUCCCACAUUCUUUGCCUGUGCUAAUGGGGUCCACUGCAUCAUUGGAAGGUUCCGCUGUAACGGCUUUAGUGACUGUCCUGACGGGAGCGACGAGGAGAACUGCACGGGCAACCCUCUGGUGUGCUCCGAGGCUCGCUUCAAGUGUCGAAACGGACGAUGUGUGGACCGCAGCUUCCUGUGCAACAGCCAGGACAACUGUCGGGACAACAGUGACGAGGAGCUCUGCCUCACCACUGCAGAAGCUCCCAGCCAGGACUUUCAGGACUUCGUGACGCUGGACUAUCAUCUGCGCUAUUACCCCAGCAUCACCUACGCUGUGAUCGGCAGCGCAGUCAUAUUCGUGCUGGUGGUGGCUCUGCUGGCUCUGGUUCUUCAUCACCAGAGGAAACGCAGCGUGUUGUUGCCCAGAAGUGUUCGAGGGAGCUCACAUCAUCACCAGCCCCUCCUGCUGUCCCGUUUGGUCAUCCUGGACCAGAGCAACAUGCAUCCCGGAGGUCCAGGUCUCUCUCCUGGGUCGCCCAGCGCAGCAGGCCCAUACAGCUCAAUCCCUCAAGCACUACAGCUGCUGUCUGGGACUCUGUAUCCCUCCUCGCUGUCUCUGGACUCGCCUCCGUCAUACACAGAAGCUGUUCUGGAUGUCAGUACCCGGCCUCCUUGGUUUGAUCUCCCUCCUCCGCCUUACCUCCCAGAUGGGGAUCUUCCUUUAGAAGAAAAUCUUCCCCAAUAUGAUGAUCCUGUGGAUCAUCGGAGCCGCACCACAGCCCAUCACUCUGAACCCACAACAGCCAGAACUGUCAUUUUAGGCACUCAGCAGAGUUGCAGCACCAGAGAAGAGUCAGACCAGCUGUAACCACCUCCGAGACCGGAAAACAGAAAAUCUGCAGGACUCAAGCACCGGGUGCAGAGACGUGUGAGACUA